AGCUGUUUGGUUGGUUGUCAUGGUUGUCAAACGUCAUUUGCCAGCUCUUACAAGUUACAAUGCAUUAAAUAAAUACAAAUUACAACUUUCCGUGUUGUAACUUAGUUUUGGAUUAAAUCUUUAGCAUUUAUUGUUAUUUAUAUCUAGAUCUGAACUACGCUGUCCUAUAGAAGCUUAAAAACAGCCGUUGUUUGUUACAAAUCGCUCAACCAUUUAUAGUCAUGUCUGAUGAUGCAGAGCAGCAAGCUGAGGAGAUUGAAGUACUGAAGUCAAUAUAUGAAGGAGAUGAGAAUUUCAAACAAGUUGAUGCUACUACUUAUCAAUAUAAGUACAUUGAUGGAGAGAAAUCUUUUAUAUUGGAAAUAAAAUGGGGGCCUACAUACCCAACUGAUAAGCCAAGCUUUAAUUUAAACAUAUUCUAUAAUCAAUCCUUAUUGCCACAAGUAAAAGAGAAGAUAACAAGCAUAGUGGACACAGAAGCAGAACAAUGGCUUGGCUGUGCCAUGACAUACACUCUGUUUGAAUGCUUGAAGGAGAAAGUGGCAGAAGUACUAGCAGACCAGACUGAGGAGGUGGUGGUGUCUAGCAGAGUCGAGAAGCUAGUCAUAGAUGACCAGGCUGACCAAACCAAGAAACCAGAGAAAAAGGAACAGUUAACGAAAGCACAGAAGAGAAGAGCGUGGGACAAGGCGGAGAUAGGCAGAGCGGGCGAGAAGCCGCGGGGGUGGGACUGGGUGGACAUAGUCAAACAUCUAUCCCAAGCGCCCCACCAGCCCACGUCAUGACACACGACGGCUUAGUAACGGACAAGCACGAAUAAUGCAAUAUACUAUAUGUAAAGCAAAAUGUUACUACUAAACUAUGCCGGUGUUCCUAUGUAUUACUCUUAUAAGAAACAAUUUCCGUUAAGACACUUCGCUCUCAUCAUCAUUUAUUCAUUUUUCAUUUAAUGCUUAAAAUUUCGAGCAAAAGUGGGAAAUGAGACACUGUUUCGUAGUAACACUACUGGUAGUGUUGCCAGAUAUUAAACAAAUUUGUAUAAUAAAUUAAUCAUUAAA